AUGGUUCUAAGCAUACCCGACACCGGCCUCCACCUGGAGAGCUCGGCCAAGUCUGCAGACACCCUCCCUCUGCAGGCCUUUGCUCUCACCCUCAGCGACAAUGUGAUUGAGGACUUGAUUCAGCAGGUGCAGAAUGGAGGCGACGUCAAAUUGUCCCUGGGAAAUGUUCCCUCCCUUCUCUGCGGCAGGGAAGCAGUCCACAAGAUCCCCAGGGCUGCCGAGAUACCCAACCUCGACCUCUACAUGACCGAUCUCUCAGACUCGACACAAGAGGCAGAGAGGCUGCCACACCCCACAAUGUCUCUCUUCAUGAGACCUGAGCUCAGGAAGUACCCCAAGCUUGCGGCGGGCCGUGUGGUCGUCAAGGAGAAAGCAGCCCCAGCGAAUGCCCCGGCUACGGCUCGCAGCCCACAGACCGAUCUCCCCGACGAUAUCGCACAACUCAAGAAGUCCAUGGCACAGGCCAAGAAUGACAAGCUGGAGAAUGGUACCAAGAUCGUCAAUACUCCCAUAUCGGGCGUGAAGCGAGGCACAAAGACCGGCAAGGCGAAGCUGCUACCUUCAGCCAAGGGGAGCACCUUCACAACCACCAUCAGCAGGUCUGGUGCCGCCAGUCCUGCCCUCAGCGGGACUGGCUCUCCGUCUCUGGGAGCCACCCUAUCAGCCGACGAGCUGGCCAAAGAGAGGGCAAAGGAGCUCCGGUCACCCAUCGUGCACGAGCUGGCUGUCAGGGAGAUGACCUUCGAGGAGCUCCAGUCCAGGUGGCCGAAUGACGAUCAGGACUUCAAGCCUGCCCUGGAUAAGGCGGCCGAUUUCGACAGCAGCCGGCAGAAGUAUGCCUUGAAAAAAAUGUACUGGAAGGAACUCGACGUGUUCAGAUAUGGCUACGACUCGGACGAGGAGCGACAAAAGGCCAUCGACAAUGCCAUCAGGAUGUACGAUCGCAUGCGCGUGGGUACUACGGAGCCCGUAUGGCAGAAGUUGCUGCCAAAGGAGGAGCGCGGAAAAGGAAAGUGCCUCAGCAAGCUGCAGGCGACAAUUGCCAAGAGCGCGGCUACUGCUCAGGCCAAGACACCGCAAAUCAAGGUCCACGAUGCAGAAGAUUCGAGUGGCAGCAGGAAUGGAGACGGCAACAUGUCCGGCAUCGACAGAAAGACAAAGAAGGCGGGCUCCCCAUUACCACGAUCUUCCUCACAGACGAGGCAACCAGCCAAGAAGACAGAAAGCAAACUGCUAUCACAAAAGAAGGCACCUACACCAAAGGUUUCGCCUACGAAAGCUGGCGCGAAGACGGCAAAGGCCAAGGGCGGCCGCAUUCUGUCCAAGGAAAUCAUUUCGGACUCCGAUUCUUCCUCGGAAGAUGCGCCCAUGUCGAAAACCCUGGCUAAGUCGAAGGCAAUGGAAUUGGAGCGAGAGAGGGCAAAGGAGAGAGAGCGAGAGCGAGAGCGAGAGCGAGAACGAGAACGGGCUGAAAGGGAGAGGGAGCGUGAGAGGGAGCGUGAGAGAGCCGAACGAGAAAAAGAGCGCGAGAGGGAGCGCGAAAGAGCGGAGCGAGAAAAGGAACGUGAGAGGGAGCGCGAGAAGGAGAAGGCCAGGCAGGCGGAGAAAGCCAGGCUAAAGGAGGCCACCGCUGCCAAGCCCAAGCCCAAGCCGGCCGCGCCUAAAGAGAUCAUCAGGUCCCAGGUCGUUGCUCGGCCGGCCAUCCAAAAGCGAUCUCGAGAGGAGCCCGACGAUGACAGCAGCUCUAGCUCAGGAACACCGCUGAGCAAGCGUGUGAACAGGGAAGUCAAGGCAUCCGCUGCGCCCCAGUCUAAGCUAGCAAACAAGCGACCUCCCUCGGACUCGAGCUCGCAGAGCUCAUCCCGCAGCAACGGCAAUACUGGGAACAGUCUCCCCAGCAAAUACAAGAACACCAGCCCGAUCAAGUCGUCACCGCUUGCUUCCUCGCCACCAACCAACGCCUCAGACUUCGACCAACACACCUCUACCGACGAGAGCCGGCAUGGUCGCCAGCGCAACCGGUCCCCAGACCGCAGCGUGACAGUGGCGAACGGAAACAUCAAUGUGAAGAAACGCAAGGCCCAAGCCGAACGUGACACCAUCGACGUCGCCAUGGCGGACAAGAAGCGCCAGCGGGUGUCGACCGAGAUACUGGACAAGGCGCGCACGUUCAAGAUGCAUUACGUGGUGUACCAGCAACUGCACCGCGAGCUGUCCGGGGCCAACAGUUUGGACAAGAAGAAGUACGAGAGGCUGAUGGCGAUGCACGAGAGAUUGGAGCACCUGAAGAGCUCAAUCUACUCCCAGGUGCCGCAAGACGUCUAA